AGGGCGGGAUGUAAAGAGAGAGAAAGUAGAAAGACAAAGAAGGAGGAGCAAGCACGAGCAAAACGCAGAAAGUGGAUUUUAACUUAAAUCAGAUAAAUGAUGAGUUGUCAUUGUCUUCUGUGAUGUGGAAACAUGGAUGACUUCCAGAAGACGCACACGGUAAAUAGAGCAAGAGCGAGACAGCGCGGCCCAUCAACGUGCUUCAUUUGUAUUAUUGACAUCAUCCGCAGUGCUGUACACAGGACUUGCUUGAGAAAAUUGGUAGAAGAACAUGGAUACACCAUACAGAAAGAACUUGGACAAAGGGGUUCAGGAAUAGUGUUUCUGGUGAAUGACAAAGAUGGAAAUCCUUAUGUAAUCAAAAAGAUUAUUUCCAAAAAUAAGAAGGAAGUCGAGAUCUUGAAAAGUCUGGAGCAUGGGUAUAUUGUUACUUAUAUGGAUUUAUUUGAAGAUAAAGAAGGUGGACUCUUUUAUGUUGUGAUGGAGUAUUGUGCUGGAGGAAAUCUUUACCAGAGGAUGAAAGCACAGAAAGAGAGAGGGUUUUUUGAAGAACAGCAGAUUCUUGACUGGUUUGUUCAGAUUUGUCUGGCUCUGCAGUAUAUUCAUAAGAGGAAUAUUCACAGAGAUAUAAAACCACAUGUAAACACUGACAAAAGCUCAAUAAAUAAUUUGUCACCAAACCAAAUAAUAUAA